AUGUUCAACCAAAACGCCUACGGCCAGCCGUCACAGGGCUACGGGCAAGCUGAGCCCCUUGCGUUCUACCAGGGAUCGUCGUCGCAACAGCAAGGAUGGGGCCAGGGCAGCAUGGCUUCGGGGAGCAACUAUGGCGGAAACAUGGGCAGCAUGGGCAACAUGGGAAGCAUGGGCAACAUGUCUAGCGGAAGAGUCGGCGGCAUGAUGCAGGGAGAAGGAAAGUGGUGGCACGCGUUUGGAACCGGCGGACUUGAAGGAGAACCGAGCCUGAUGGAGGAACUGGGAAUCAACCCGUCCCACAUCGUCCAGAAGUCACUCACGGUUCUCAAUCCCAUCGCCAAGGUCGACACUAACGUUAUGGACGACGCCGACCUGGCUGGGCCGCUCGUGUUCUGUUUCGCGUUUGCCUUUGUCCUGCUUCUUUUCUCCUACAUCUACGGCGUCGGUGCCCUCGGCACGAUCGCCAUUUACACGCUGCUCAAUCUCAUGAGCGAGAACGGUAUCGACGCCUACCACACGGCGUCUGUGCUUGGCUACUGCCUCCUGCCGAUGGUGCUCGGCGGACUAGGUGUCGGCAUCGGCGUUGCGCAAUCCAUCGGAUAUGCGCUUUCUGUCAUCUCCGUCCUGUGGUGCACGUACUCGGCGAGCUCGAUCUUCGUCGCCGUCCUGCAGAUGAGCCACCAGCGGCUACUCGUGGCGUACCCGAUCGGUCUGUUCUACGGGUGCUUUGCGCUCCUCAGCAUCUUCCAGGUGGCCAAGUAG